ACACUGAGGAGAUGGUUAUUGAAAUUGAAAAGAGAGCUAUGCGAGGGGAUGAGUUGGAAGAAGAACUUCAUGGAGGGCAAGAAGGUGGAAGUGGCCGUGGGGGUUGUUGUGAUAAGAAGAGGACAGGGUGACCAAGGCGGUGGACAAGAAAAAGGUGACGGGUUUGAACAAGCACCGGGACAACAACCCAGAGAUGGCGUGGAGGCACCGUGUGUGGAUGAUAAUAUAGAGGUGAACAUGGAGGGCUUUAAUCUCAUGGAUCGGCUUGUCACCUUACAAGAAUUCCAACCACUCCAAGAGUCUGUGGCAAGUCUUUAUGAUCACUUUGAUGGGUUAAUGACCUACCUCAAGAAAAACUUUGGCGAGGGACCCAAUCAACCUCAUCCUCCCCCUACUCCUUAG